AUGGAAGAUUGGACCGUGCCGUUACUUGCGGCAAUGGGCUCAGCAGCCGGUGACCCAAGGCAGAUCGAUGGCAUAGGAGGCGCCACGUCCACAACAUCGAAGGUGGCUGUGGUUGCAAAAUCGACUGUGCCAGGAAUCGACGUCGAGUAUACUUUUGGACAGGUGGGGGUUGGAAAAACAACUGUCGACUUUAGCGGAAACUGCGGGAACAUGGCAGCCGGGGUUGGACCGUUUGCUCUCGACGAGGGUAUGGUAAGAGUAGAGCGAGGCAAAAAGAAGGUCGAUAUCCGGAUUCUCAACACAAAUACUUCCCGUAUUUUGGUGACCACUGUGGACGUUGACGAACUUGGUCAAUACAAAGAGGAUGGCGAUUUCAAAAUGGACGGUGUCAAGGGUACAGGCAGCAUGGUGCGUGUCGCCUUUCUGAAGCCCUCUGGAAGCAUGACCGGAUCUUUCCUCCCCACCGGCAACCCAACCGACGUCAUUCACCUUGAAGGUCAAGACCUGUCCGUGAUGGCAAGUCUGGUGGACGCCGCCAACCCAUUUAUUUUCAUCGACGCUUCAACACUGCCCCAGAAAUUCAUGUCACAGGAUCCGCAUUCUGUGGAAUUUCUGCGCGUCAUCGAGAACAUUCGACGGGUGGGUGCAGUAAUGAUGGGUCUAUCUGCCGACACAAAGGCUGCAGCAGUGACUCAAGGUACACCGAAGGUCGCCAUCGUCUCGGCAGUACCAUUGUGGAAUUCCCGGGAUGAGUCCACAACGGCCGACCUACACGUUGCUGCAUUCAGCAUGGGCAAACUGCACCCAAGUCUCCAACUGACUGGAGCAGUCUGCCUAGGCGCUGCUGCAGUUACCAGCGGGACUGUUCCCAACCGAGUCAUGUCUGCCGCCGCACUGCCCACUCCUGAAAGGACACCAUCACCCGGCCCUCAUAUUUCCAAUGACAUGCCCAAGGUGGAGAAGAAAACCGUUCGGAUUGGGCACGCACGUGGUCUCCUCGCCGUCGAAGUUGAACAUGUUUCCGGCGCACGAGGCACCGAGAUCAAGUCGGCUGUCGUGCUUAGGACGGCACGGAGGCUGUUUGAAGGAAAUGUUCUCUUUUAUUCGUAG